AUGCACAGCUCAUCCACGUCUACGCUAGAUAGUGCUGUGCCAAGAAAGACUACGUCAAUAAAAUCGCUUCCGUCACUACAGCCAAUUCAAACUCAACUUUCAAAUCCGCAUUUGCAACAGAAUGCUUCUCAGAGACAACGACAGGAGUCUUUAUCUGGAGUGCCACAACAACAAUCAUACAUAAUGCACAAACAAUCUCAUGGUGAAUUUGAACGAGAGCGAGGAUCAACAAUAUCGUCAAUGAAUGUUCCGAUUCAAUCAGUCGAAAGGAGCCAACUGCAUCAACAACUUCACCAACUUCACCAACUGCACCAACAACAACAACAACUGCAUCAACAACAAACUAAGGAAAGGCCGGGCCUUGUGAUUGACACUGCUAGACUACAAUCUGAGCAAUUGAGAAUUCGUAGUGCUACAUUACCCAAUAGACCAACACUCCGAUCAUCAUCACCUUCGUUUGCAUCAACUGAAUCCAACGCGGAAAGCCCAACAUGGCUUUUGAGCGAUUUGCUUUCCAAUCUAAGUUCACUCAAGGAUAAAGAUGAAUACUCAAUAGUUCAAAAAUCAAAUGAUUUGGUAUCGCUAUUUCAGAAUUACCCCAAUUUGAAGGAAGAAGUGCAGAUUAGAACAGUAUUACCUAGAAUACAGUUUAUGUUGUGCCACCCUGUACCGGAAGUGAGAUCAUCUUGUUAUCGAAUAUUACGGCAUUUGAUUGUCAACUACGAUAGUCUUAUUCUACUAGGGCAACUGAAACUACUUAUUUUCAUCAUAACAAGCCUAGCUAACGAUCAAUACAAGUCCUCAUUGAUUGAAAUGACCCAAGCAUUGAAGUUAAUACGGCAGUACUUGACAAUAAACAAAGGUGCCGAUUUGCUAUCAGUUGGAGUUAUAAAGGCAUUGGUUGCUAUUGUGGAAGGUGAUCUGCAUGAUCACAACCAUACGUUAUCAGCAUAUGGUUUACGUAUAGCACCUAUCCCAGAGGGUUUCAAAAAUGCUUGCUUGGAAACCAUUUGCGAGGUUGCUUUGCUUAAACCAGAGCUAGUUUUCCACUCAGGAGGGUUUAAACUAAUGAUAACGUCAAUCAUUGAAGGAUCGUUUGAGGUGGCGUCAACUUGUCUAAUGAUAGUACUACGGCUAUUAAGUUUCCAAAAUUCAAGGAAAUUUGUACGCAAUGGAUUUGAUUUGGAUUCAUUAAUUGCAGUCUUUUCAACCGAUGAAAAUACAGGAGAAUCCAAAUUCAAGCACGUUUCUAAUUUCAAAUUACAAAAAGUUGCAUUCUUAAUAUCGUUAUUAUUGCGUGAUUUCAAUGGUUUGAUUGCGUUUUCAAUCAACAAUUUUACAAGUAUAAAGAAUCUUUUGAUAAACUUGAGCAAAAAGAACCAUCGCGUUCAAGAUCUCAUUCUUGAUAUUAUACUAGAUGCAUUAAGGAUCAAGGUAUUUCCAUGGUUGGAGAAUUCAACCAUUGGUGAUUUCAUAGCCAAAUUCAAUCACCAAUACCAACAACAGAAUUUAGGAACUAAGAGAAAGUUCACUUUUGAAUACAAUGAUAUAAAGGAGCCGUUUCCGAGAGACAUUAUCCACCACUACCAAGGACUACUUACAUAUAUCUUGGUGAGGAAUGGCUUGCUUGAAAAAUUGUUGCUGAUUAUAGAAGAACCUCAAGAGGAUGGGGACAAAAGUUUACAAAAGAAAGCUGGUUAUCUUCUUCUGAGGCUCUACUUCAUUUCCAAUAGCUAUUUGCCUUCUGAGUUGAUCAUGACCAAGUUACAAAUACCAGGAAUAUCUGAACAUAUAACCUUGGCAAAUAGCGAAAAGACCAGCGCGGUGGAGACGAAUCAAUUCAUCAAGUCUCAAGUCAAGAGCAUCACGGCACAAGCAAACUCCGAUGUUGACGAUGACGUGUUCAAAACCAUGAUUGCCAAUAGUAAAGUUUUAACAAUUAAGGAAUUUGAACAAUGGAAUUGGCCCUUGCUAACAAGCUUAGUUCAGGGUCCAUUAACCGAUUCCAAGCGGUUUGAAGAAGUUUUGGAGAAAUCGCCGAAAUUUUUCAAAAGAUUGGUUUCGUUUUAUCGUCCAUUCAAGUAUCGGUUCUCGUCGGUGCAUAAUAAUAGGAAUGCAUCAAGAUAUAUUGAAUUUGGGUGCCUCUUAUUUGAAAUGUUUCUCAGCACCGAUGCAGGACUCAAGUAUUUUGCGUCAAGCAAGAUGCUUCCACAAAUUGCUGAAAUUGUGGCGCAGAUUGAUCCGUAUAGUGGUAUAUCUUCAAAAGACCCGAUAUUGAGUAAGAAACGGCUCGAGAAUACAGCAUCGAUGGGGUAUUUGCGAUUUAUUGGAGUCUUGAGUGGCAGUACCGAUGGGUUGAAUUUUUUAACGAGCUGGCAGUUGUUUACAAUGUUUACAAAUAUCAUUUCGGCAUCGAGCCAAACCGAAACUACCAAUUUGUUCAUCUUGACGUUGUUUCGGUAUGCUGAUUACACUGUUGAUAACACGCCGUUUAGAAUUUUGCUCAAGAUGAGUUUGACCACGUCGAAUUUGAAAAUUCGCAUUUCGUUAUUGAAACAUGUCAUUCCGCGAUUGCUAAACACUUUGGAAUGUCAAGAAUUUUGCAUUGGUGUGCUUAUUGAUAACUUGUACGAUGUCAAUCAUGAUAUCGUUAUUUGCUCGAUUGAUUUAUUGUUUAAUCAUUGUCAAGGAAACAAUUUCCGCAACUUGCAGUCGAUAAUCAAGUAUCAGCCAAUUGUCCACAUUUUACAAAAGUACGAAAUUGGGCGCCGAUUUCUUGUGCAUUUCCUAAAUGAUCGUCAUGGGUUUCAGUAUUUGGAAUCACAGGGGUACCUUGAACACGAAUUCAACAAAUGGUUUCAAAUUACUGAAUUUGAGUAUCUGAAGAAAUUGGAACAAUUAAUACGCGUUCAAUUUUAUCCCUAUGUGAGCAUGGGAGCGUUUGAACACCGAGGUGGUAAAACCAAUUUGGAUAUUGGCGAUGUUGAAUUAUCGUCGUUGUAUUUUUUCAAAUGCUUAUUGUCGACUGAAGAGGGCUUGAGUUACUUCCAACAUGGCGUGGCACAAAAUUUCUUUGAUCAAAUCUUGUCUUCGGUGGAAAACAUAUUCAAUCAAAUCAAUAAUGGUGAUGAGUUUCUUGAUGUGGAUAACCAAGAUGAAAUUCAUUGCGAUAUGCUCAAUUUGCUUAAACAGAACUUGUGGAUAAUUGGGCAAAUUGGAUCAGGCAAGUAUGGGAUCCAGUUGUUGGACCCGUUGUACAAUAUCAAUUUAGAGUCAUCGAUUGUUGAGUUGAUUUUGGACCAAUUCCACAAUUGUCCCAUUUGGGAAAUUAGAGGCGUUUGUUUUUAUGUGCUUGGGAUGGUUUCAACUACAGUUGAAGGGGUGGAGAUACUUGAUGAGUAUGGCUGGAGUUCGGUAUUGGAUCAAUAUGGAAACAGCAUGAAGUUUGCAUAUCCUAGACCGGCUCCUGAUGGUGAUGUGGAAUUCAAACUUGGUGGUGCCAGUGGUGGUGAAUCCAAAGAUGAUGCCAACUUGUUCAAUGUGGCUAUCGUCAAUCCGUAUCGUGACGCACAGUAUUUCAACAUUUUCAACAGCAUGAUUGAGGAAACAUCAAUUGAAAGUCAGAGCCCGCCACUCACAAGAACAGUUUUCCAUUGCUUACACAAUUUGAAUUCAAUCUUAUCCAAGAUUGAAAUAAAAGCAAUACGAGAAUUGCACAAGUUGAAGUUGAGCUCAAGUUCAAUUUUCGAAGAUGGUGAUUUAUUUCUUGAUGUUAUUCGAUUAAUUGACAAGGGGAACUUUGCAUUCCAUAAACGAGUCUUUAUUUUCAAAUUGUUUAUUGAAAAUACUCGAGUUUUGGAAACGAUAUUAAAGAGGGAACGGCGUGGAUCAUUCAAAGUUGCAAAUGGCAACAAUUACAGCAACUACGUAAGCUAA